UGCUCGGUUGUGGCAUAGUAUAUGUCGAUUCCGACGUAGUGAGCAGUACCUCGACGAUUACCCACGAAAUACUUCAUAUCAUCGGCUCAGGACAUGAUGGGAAAGCAGCACAAGAUUACCUCAAGAACAGCCCAGGGGCUCUCAAUUGUCCUGAUAACCCAAAGUAUAUUAUGGCAGAAUAUUUUAAGCCAGAGGCAGAAACCUACCUCCCUUUGUCUACUUGUACCCGUGAUCAAGUUAAGGCCUUCUUAAAAGCUCCAUAUGGUAAAUGCCUUUUAAAUAAUGAGUCUCGAGACUACCCACCGCUGUCUGAAGCCAUCUUCCGAAAGCCCAUCCUGAGCGGAGUACGGUAUUGCAGAUACCUCCACAGUAAUUCAUCCCAUGUGGAAUACCUGCCGUAUUACACCGAGGAGAACAACAUUCAAAAGUGCAUUCUAGUUUGUAUAACAAAAGACGCAGAUGGCGAGAAACUUCACAACAUCCAUAGCGCACCUGACUACUUGGAUUGUCGCACUUCUCGUGACAAAAAGAAAAAGGUCUGCAUUUCCAAGAUUUGCAUGGAUAUUCCACGUAAACCACCACCAUUACACAGCUGGUUAAUGAAUCGCGCAACUGAUAAUUUCCAGAUAUCGGAUGCCCUGUAUAAGUAACACAGGGAGAAAAAUUCGCCCCUUCAAAUCGCAUUUCACCACAGGUCUAUACACAUUUUGUCCGUGCGAUUCCUGGUACGAUUCUUGAUACGAUUUCUUGUAAUGCGUUUGGGCAUUUACGGUGCAAUAAAGAUGUACAACACAGCAAACACAUUUUAUCUGUUUGCAGUAAUUCUUACUUGGGGCUUUG